AUGCGCACCUCAAGGUUGUCGCGAGACGCAGCAAAGAUUGCUUCAGCCCUGACUGGGAGCCGCGCCUCAAGCAGGAUACGUCAAACGCGCGCCGGCGCAAAAGCAAACAUUCGAGACUUUGCUCUAAACGCUGCUGAGGCUGGCAAUGUGACAAGAGGGGAAGCUGGAAAGCCAGAAGCAGCACUUGGAAAUGGGGACAACGGGUCAGACUCGGAACUCAGCUCGGUGCCUGAAGGAUCGGAAUGGGAGGAUGGCGAAACCACGACGAGAAAGAGGAAAAGGGGAGAGACCCCUGUGAAGGCAACUGUGAAGCUUGAGACGGAAGAGAUAACCAUCACUGAGAGUGCGUCUCCCAGGAACGCGACGAGCAGACCCAAGAAGGCGCGUCGGUUGCCUGCGAAGAACAGAGCUGGGCCUGGCGCAAACGUCAAAGUAGAACCGCCACCGAAUUGGGAAGAAAUAUAUGCGCUCACUCGUGAGAUGCGCAAUGAGAAUGUUGCCCCUGUGGACACGAUGGGCUGCGAGAGCCUAGCAGACAGGAAUGCUAGUCCCCGCGAUCAGCGCUUCCAGACUUUGGUGUCCCUGAUGCUAAGCAGUCAGACCAAAGACACGGUCACAAGCGCAACGAUCAAGGGAAUGCAAGCUAGAAUGCCAGGUGGCUUCAACCUCGAGUCCGUCCUCGCAAUCGAGCCUGCCGCGUUGAAUGCUUUCAUUAACAAGGUCGGAUUCCACAAUCUUAAAACGAAAUAUAUCAAGGCGACGGCGGAGAUUCUGCGAGAUAAAUGGGACUCGGACAUUCCCGACACUAUCGAGGGUCUUGUCUCGCUUCCUGGCGUAGGCCCGAAGAUGGCUUAUCUUUGCGCCGCAGCUGCCUGGGGAAAGGUCGAGGGAAUUGGUGUCGACGUGCACGUGCACCGAAUUACAAACCUCUGGAAAUGGCAUAAGACGAAGACGCCUGAGGAAACCAGAGCCGCGCUGGAAACGUGGCUCCCGAAAUCUCAUUGGCACGACAUCAACAACCUCCUAGUGGGCUUUGGGCAGACAAUCUGCCUACCAGUUGGGAGAAAGUGUGGGGAGUGUAGACUGGCUGAGAGAGGGCUGUGUCCGUCCGCUGUGGUGGGCACGUCAAGGAAGAUCAAGAAGGAGACAGCUGUCUUGGAAGCUGAAGUUCCUGAUGGGCUCGUGAUUAAGAAGGAGGAGAGGUUGGUGGUUGGGAGAGGUGACAUCGAGGCGGAUGUAGGUGACGUCAAAGCGAUGAUACCAGACAUCGAAGAUUUAGGAAGGAGCGAACACAUGCGGCGACGGAAAAACCUGAGAGAGGGAAGCCGUGAGACUUUUUGA